GCAUUUCUGAUUUUUUUAAAACAUCAACUGUCUUCCAGCAGCUUGAUUGCAUCAUUUCUUCGAGCAUUUAAUCAGGCUACAGCAGAGAUGAGCGAGAAUGGCUACUUAGAAGCAACUCGCGAAGCUGAGCGCCACCGCGACCGCGACCGUGCUCGCGAUAGAGACCGUAGAGAACGGUACUCUGAUCGCGACUACCACAAGGCAUCCGAAAGUCGUUCGGAUCGCACUCGAGACCGCGACCGCGACCGCGACCGCUAUGAUCGCGACCGAGAGUCGACUCACCGCGAUCGCUCUGACCGCUCCGAACGUUCACGAUACAGCGACCGCGACCGGGACAGAGAUCGUGACCGCGAUAGGGACCGCCGAGACCGAGACCGAGACAGAGAUAGAGAUCGUGACCGGGAUCGCGAUCGCGACAGAGACCGCAUGCGUGAUCGUGACAGCGGGAGAGACAGAGACAGGGACCGAACUCGUUCCCGCAAACCAACCGGCGCUAGUCUCGAGGCAGCGCUCGAGACUGCGGUUCCUAUCAACGAGCGCAAGCGUCGUAUGACAAUGUGGGAUAUAAAACCUAUCGGCUACGAGAACGUCACCGCCGAGCAGGCAAAGUUAUCUGGUCUCUUUCCACUCCCCGGCGCACCGCGACAACAGAACUACGAAAACCGUGGCCAGCAUAACCAGAAUCAUCAAAAUAAUAACAAUGAUAGUCCGUUUCCGAGAAAUGCAGCUCCUCCUGCUACCCUUCAACCUAGCAAUUCUCGACAGAGCAAGCGCGUCCUCGUUAGCAAUCUACCAACCAUGGAAUCUGAGCGCGCGUUGGUCGAUUUCAUCAACUCUCUCAUUGGAUCUAUCGCAUCUACUACAUCUCGCCAGGGCCUUCCUCUGGAUGCCUGGCAGUUUAGUGGUGACAAAAAAGCGGGACUUCUUGAGUUCAAGACUACUGAAGAUGCCACCAUUGCCGUUGCGUUCAGCGGAGUUGAAUUUCAAGGCUCUCACAUCGUGAUUGUACGUCCAAAGGACUACGUGGUUCCCGAGGCUAGUUCCACCCCCGCCGUCCCCGCCGUUGCCGACCAGCUUCCGCAAAUCGUACCCGACACUCCGGACAAAAUCUCAAUCGCGAAUAUUCCGCCAUUCCUGGAAGAAGAGCAGAUUCUCGAACUUCUUAAAGAGUUUGGAGCACUCAAGAAUUUCGUAUUGCUUCGCGAUAAGGAUAAUAAUGAGUCCAAAGGAGUUGCGUUCUGUGAGUUCGUUGACGGUCAAAUGACGGACGCCGUUUGUGAUGGCCUUACUGGCAUGGAGCUCGGCGAUCAGCCUCUUAUUGUCAGACGGGCAUGCCUUGGAAUCAAGCAGGCGACUCCUGUCGGCACAUCCUCAGUGACGACAAUGGCAGCGCUAGCCAACUCAACCGCCGGCGAAGUACCGACUACACGUGUUUUGCAGCUACUCAAUAUGAUUGUCCCUGACGAUCUGAAAGACGACGACGAGUACGAAGAUAUCAAAGAGGAUGUUCGUGAGGAGUGUGAAAAGUUUGGUCCGAUUAUUGACAUCAAGAUCCCGCGACCUUCGAGGGAUAAUCCAAACCCUUCAGGUGUUGGGAAGAUAUUUGUAAGAUAUGAGAAUGCCGAGUCAUGCGCUAAAGCUAUCAAAGCCUUGGCGGGUCGAAAGUUUGCGGAUCGCACUGUCAUUACGACUUAUUUCCCUGAGGAAAACUAUGAAGUUGAGGCCUUUUAAAGUCAGUUAGAAUAGCUAUUGAUACGCUUUUCGCAAAGGUCUAUCUACUUUGAUUCUAGUUUAGCAAAAGAGUACGCCAUUUCAUUUAGCUCAGUGCUCUAUCUACAAGAUCGCGUGUUCAUUCUGACACAUUUGUACUUAAAACA